UGGAGAGCGCACACACACAAGUACACACACUCACAAACACACUGACACACAGUCAGAGCAGAGCAGAGCGGAGCAGAGAGGAGCUCUCUCCAGAUCGGUGCCAGACGCACGGACGACUUUUGUUUUGCGCGACUUGUAGAUCUUUUUCAAACAUUAUUUCUUUUAACUGAAAAAAGUUUGUAACAUAUCUGGUGUCCAUUUUGGAGCUUUAAAGUUUCUCUCUGGUGUUUAAUGCCGAUUUGGAUUGUAAACUGGGUUUAAAGUUGGAAACCAUCACGACGCGCAGGAAUCAUACAGAGAAAGUCCCCCUGGAUUGUAUCUUUCGACGCAGGAGCGCGUAGUGGCAGCUCGACGCGCUUCAAAAGCGAGAGACUUGUCGGUGCGUCUUUGGCUGUUUUUAUUGAAUUAAGCCGCCCCAGAAAUGGUGGGGCACCUACAUUUACAAGCGAUGGAUGAUAGCCUGAAAGGAAAGAACCGGGAAGGGCUGCUCGACAGUCCGGAUUCGGGUCUGCCCCCCAGUCCCAGUCCACCCUUCUGCUCCCUCUCUCCGGGUCUGAUCGAAUCGCGCUCCGGCAGCUGCACGACGCCCGUCGAAAGCCAUCAUGGAUUUUAUAAAAAGGAAAGCAGAGAAGGCAAACUGCUGCCGUAUCUGCUGCUGAACUCCACGGGGCCGGACCCUAAGACUCGUAUGCACCCUGUGUUCUUUGGUGAGAGCAUUGAGGUCAACCCAAAACCCGAGCAGGAGAUCAAGUGUAACUCCGAGGUGAAGUAUGACUCAGACAAACAUUACCGGGACCAGGUCUUCUGCGCUCCCAUUCCCACAGCAACCUCCUUCAGCGAGACAGUGGUGGCAGUACGAGACUGCACCUGGAGGAGCUACAAGUCCCAAGUAUACCUGGAGCCCCGGCAGAAACCCAUCAGCUACAGAAGCACCACCAUCAUCUACCCAAAACACGCCAAGAACACUUACCGCACCACACUCAACUACAACUCAACGGGGUCCCGCCGCUGGUUCGUCUCCACGGUGCAGCUGGAGUCCAGCGAGGAUACGAGUCCCUGUAUCAUCUACACAGAAGAUCUGUAGGGCCCAGACUAGAGGGAGGACGUCCUGGUCUUCAUCUAUCUUUGUUUCUAGAGGACUAGGCCUGUAUUGAAAGGGAAAUACUUCAAGUAAAACCUGGGGAUCCUGUUCUGUUCAUCAUGGAGGAAACUACAGGAACCUUUUAGUGAUUCUUCACCUGAGUGUAUUUAGACUUUCUACUGAUGCAGUCUUUAAAAAUGGAGGUGCUCCUCUGGCUGUUUCAAGAGUUAAUGUCUUAUUUAAUACAAGAGCUGACAAAUUGGUGGUCUUUGCUCUCCCUCAGGUUGGCGUGUGAGGGGAGAAACAGAUUGUCUUUUUAUGUAGAGAAAAGUCAGGAUGGUAUGUGUUGUGGAUUUCAGACGAGUCACACCAAUGCAAAGCUUUCUAAUGUGGCUUUAUUGCACUUGUUUCAGUCCUGUCAGUGGACUUGGUGUUGCUGAGGGAUCUUUCAGUGCUGCAUAUGAAAAAAUUGGACCAAAGAUAGUUUUAACAUUGAUGUUUUUGGAACAACUCUUCAUACUGGGACAGAACAAAAAAUGCACAUUUUGAUUUGUAGCAUAUUAGACUCCAAAACUCGACUGGAGUUUAAUCAAAACAAGGAUGAAGGCACAAUAACAAGAGAUAAAGGAGACAUAUUUGGAGCAUUUAGAAACACGUUUUAAAUCUUAAAAGUCCAAUUAUUACAUUUGGGGAUUUCUUGCUGAUUAAUAACUCUGCAGUAUGUUUUCAUUUAUAAUCACUUGCUAAUAGUUCGGGCAAAUGAAGCUCAGAAAGUUGGACAGACAUGCUUCUUAAUAGCCCUAAAUAGACAAAACAAACUCUAGUUUUGGAGUCACGCUUUUAAAUUGUUAUGCGCUUUCUUCUGGUCUCCUAAAUUACCAACUUCGAUAUCUACAUGUAUUUUUUAUUUGGUGAAUUAUUGUGUUAAAAGCACCGGUUAGAAGACAAAGACAAAGAGAGUGGUUGUUGGGUGAGAAAAUAAAUAUUCAUAGACGUUUUUGUUGAUAAAAACUUGACAAAUGUAGGAUCAUACUUAUCAUGCAUCACAGGGGCUUUUUGUCCUUAAAGGCCACCAUCACUCAACCAACUGGGGGCGUAGUGUUUCGAUCUAAAGUCUGACCGCUAGAUAUUGCUAAAUAUUCCCAUUUCUACACACUGUACCUUUAAGAGAAGACAUUUAGUGUAUCUGCUUGAUUGGGGCUGUGGUGGUGUAGGACCACUUAUUAUGUAGUUACAAGAUAAUGUUAUCAGGGCCUUCGAUGAUGGUGCUAUGGUUUGGUUUGGUUUGCUAUUCAGUCCUUUUUUUUUACCUGCUGUGGUUUCAGUUGGAGGAGCUUUUUAGAGAAGUGCUAAAAAAUCAGACAAUCAAAGGGAUAGGGAUUUAUCAUAUCUUUGUCACAGCUAUUGUGACUGGUCUACAAUGAAAUUUAGAAACAAACAGAAAAAUUACCAAAAAAUUUUUACUACAGUUGUCUGGAUGGUUAGUUGCUACAAGCGACUGAAGUUAAUCUGUUUCCAUUGCCUUUCGAAAUAAGGCUGAUGCUGUUGUGGAUGAAGUUGCACGAGCUAUUUGUGAAUCUAUCCCUUAGUGUUUGAUAGCCAAGUUUAAAUGAAUAAAAAAAAACGGUUUCUAGGAAGUGUUUGCUAGAAAACAUCUCUCCAACCAGAAAAAAUAAAUAAAUCAAGGAUGUAAAUCAAUGUAGCAUCCAAAUUUGUAGCGUUUUCCUAAAAUAAAUACAAGUUAAAAGGGGAAAAGAACAUAUAAAUCUUUACUAUUAAUCUUUCUUAACCUAUUAACUGAUACUGUGUUUAGUUAAUGUGUGUACACAAGGUAUUUAAGGUUCACAGUUUUAGUAUUCAAGCAAUAUCCUGAUCUCUAACCUAGCUAACAUUGUAUGCUAAAAAAUACUUCAGUAAUUUUAGGCAUUUUGUUGCUAGAUUUUAUUCAAAAUCGUUGUGUCAAGUACUUAAAAAAAAAUCCUAUCAUAUAAUACCUCUUUGAUUUUGUCAUUAGUCAUUUGGUUCUGUCUAGCUAACACCUGUCACAGCUAGCUGCUUAAGUUUGACUGCAGCCAAUUGUAGUUGUUUGUGCAAUGCUACACUUCUAAUUUAGUGAUGUAGAAAUCUCAAAUGGAAGAUAUUUUGGUUUAAACUUGGCUCAAAAUAACAAAUAGCUGGUGCAACCAAGUGUUAAAUAUCAUUUCAGGUACCAACAGGCUGUCAUACCAGACAUUCAUUGAAUAACCAACAUGUAAAAAGAGGAGCAGAGGAACCAGACGUCCUUGCUGUAGAUGUAAAAUAGAUUAUAUUGAGCGUUUUCAUUACUUUUUGUUGUUUUUAUGAAAUAACUUGCCACUUCAUUAGUUACACAUAAUUCUACUUAAGUGAUGACAGCAACAGAAAUCAUAAGCUUUGUAAAAGAAAUCCAUAGCAGAGCUGUAGUAUUCGAUCAUAUUAAACUGUACAUCUGAACCUAAUGAAGCGAUUGGUGAUAUAUAUAAAUAUGUAAGAAAUAAGAUUAUUUGAAUAUGGUAAAUAUUGAAACUUUGGACUUUACCUCAAAUUGUCUUAGUUUUAUUUUGUUGCAAAUAUGUUUUUCCAACUUUCAGUCGAGGUCCUGAGCUUGGGUUUUUGUUUUUUUUAUAGUUUGAAAGACGCUCUAGGUGUGUAAAGGUAAAAAGAAGUGAAGGGCACAAAGAUGAGGUGUUGCAUCAGUCCUGAAAGCUGGUACUGUGUUUUAAUGAGGGAACCAUAAGUGAAGAAACAAAGAGCAAGGUAAGGAAACAGGAGUCAAAUUUGCUCUUUGAAAAGAUGGAUGAGAUAAAGAGCAAGACAGCUUUUCUUACAAAUUAAGGUUUUUGGGUGUGACGAUAGAGAGUUUUGAAAUGUGUUGAUGGUCUGUGAGAUGUCAGAAAGUGAUGAGAGAAAGUUGUUGGGUGUUAAAUAUAUUGGUGGUUCUAUGUGAGAUACUUUUUUGUUUUCGAACACUUGAUUUUGUAACUGUAAAAUAUUUUCCUGUUGUAUAUGUGGCAUUGAGGCACUUCAUAAUUAUCUUUAUAUUUUUGUACGUCAAUCCUUGCUCCUGUUCUGAUCAAAGGAAAUAAUUUAAAAAGAUGUAUAUCCUCCUUGAAUAAAAAGAGAUUCCCAAACCCUAA